CACACGCGGCGGGUCGGGGAGGAGGCGAGGCGAGGCAGCGGCGGCGGGCGCAGACAAAGCAAAGAUGGCAGGGAUCCUCGCCUGGUUCUGGAACGAGCGGUUCUGGUUGCCGCACAACGUCACCUGGGCCGACCUGAAGAACACGGAGGAAGCCGCCUUCCCGCAGGCGGAGGAGCUCUACCUCGCCUUCCCGCUGGCCUUCUGCAUCUUCAUGAUCCGUCUCGUCUUCGAGAGGUUCAUAGCAAAACCAUGUGCCUUAGCUCUUAAAGUACAGGCCAAUGGACCACAAAAAGCUCAACCUAACGCUAUUCUGGAAAAAGUCUUCACUGCGAUUACAAAGCAUCCAGAUGAGAAGAGACUGGAAGGCCUCUCCAAGCAACUGGACUGGGAUGUACGUAGUAUUCAGCGUUGGUUUCGACAACGGCGCAACCAGGAAAAGCCCAGUACUCUUACGAAGUUCUGUGAGAGCAUGUGGAAAUUUACAUUUUACCUUUAUAUAUUUACCUAUGGAGUACGGUUCCUGAAAAAGGUUCCUUGGCUGUGGAACACAAGACAGUGCUGGGCUGGAUACCCGUAUCAGCCCUUGACGCCUGAUACUCAUUACUACUACAUAGUCGAAUUGUCAUUCUAUUGGUCCCUAAUGUUUUCUCAGUUUAUUGAUAUCAAAAGAAAGGAUUUCAGCAUCAUGUUCACACAUCACAUUGUUACAAUCAUGUUGAUAAACAUUUCCUAUAUAAACAACUGGAUCCGAGCAGGAACCAUGACCCUUUGUCUUCAUGAUUUAGCUGACGUGGUACUGGAGGCUGCCAAAAUGGCAAACUACUGCAAGUAUCAAAAACUGAGUGACUUCCUGUUCAUCACAUUUGCGGUUGUCUUCAUUGUCAGUAGACUUUUCGUGUAUCCAUUUUGGGUAUUAAACACAACACUCUUUGAAAUGUAUGAAGCUCUGGGCAAUUUUCCAGCCAUGUGGAUCUUGAACAUAAUGCUCCUGAUUCUUCAAAUUCUGCACUGCUUGUGGUCUUAUCUAAUUUUAAAGGCAGCCUAUAAAGUGAUUGCAAAAGGCAAGGCUGGGAAGUGGAACCCUUUGCAUGUAGUAAAGGAUGAACGAAGUGAUGUUGAGUCAAGUUCAGAUGAGGAAGAUUCAGUACCUCGUUCAAAGACCCCACAGAGCCUUACUGCCACAAAUGGGACCGGUGGCACCAACGGGACAAAUGGGUAUCUUACCGGUGGCACUUGUUCAGAGGAACAUUAAUCCUUGCAUUUAAUCCUGAUACAUAAACAACGUGAACUGUUUGCUACUGGAAGUAAAUAAUAAGUUGUAAAUGCAUUUUCUUCAUAUAUCUCAGCAUCAGAAAAAAAAAAAAACUUAGGAGUAUCAAAGCAUUCUGAUAGUGCACUGCCAUAUUUCCUGUUUGUGAAUGAAGACAACACCCCAUUCUAUAUAUGUAGGCAUGCUGUAUGUAUAUGUAAUUGGCACAAAGGGAGCAGUAUUUUCAUUUGUACUGUCUUUGAAUAUUAUUUAUUUUGUAUAUGUUUUUGGGACUUAUGGACAAAAGGGAAUUUCCGCAUUCCUGCUUUUUGGAUUUUUGGUGGUGGAGAUCAAUAUGCCAAGAUCUCUUCUGUCCACUCCUAUUGUUCUUCCUUAGUCUCCUAUGAGUAGUAGUCUGCUCGAUUUGUCACCUCCCAGUAACAUAUGGCACAGCUUUACGAAUUCUAGUUCUUCAAAUCUUUUGCUCUUUGGGUUUUUAAGUGCUGGUUUUGAAAUUGCCCAUAACAUCCCAAUGGCCAUUUUCCCAACAAAGUUUUAAAACUAUGGGGGGGUUUUUCAAGUAGUCUGUAAUGCUUAAUCCAUAAUUCACAGAGGAGUAUCACGGCUGCUUAUGGGGCAGCAUCAACAGCUGCAAGCACUGUGGUGGUGGCGAGGGCUAUUUUUGCACUUCCCCAAAGGCAGUACCUGAGGCUGCUGCCCCAGUUGCUCCUUUUCGGUUAUAAUUCAAACAAAUCCAUGAUAAUUGCAGGAUAUUAUUUUAGUAUGGUACCAAAUUCAGAACCAGUGGUUAAUUGCAUUUGAGUAACUUGAUUACUUCUGCAAAUGCCCAAAAUACAUUUGUCAAUAGCUAUGUAUGACAAAACACAGACUUGCAGAUUAGUUCUUCCUUGCAAGUCUGACCUCUAUGGAUUUCAGCUUCUUACAUAGAUUUCAUGCCAAGAGAUAUUUGCUCAGGUGAACCAUUGUGAAGCCUAGAGUUCACUCUUGAAUUUUAGUAUUUGUUUCUGCAAGUUUGGAAGGAAGAAGCAGUGACAAUUUAAAACAGUAGCCAAAAGUUCAUUGCUUCACCAGACAGUAGGCAGUCAAUAUCUUGUUCUCAUCACAGCUUUCUUGUUAGACAUUUGUGGAGGGAAAGCAGCAUGUUUUGCAUUAUCAGGAAAAAAUUAUUUUAAACACAUGAAAACAUAAGCAAAAUUCCCCUACCAAUUCAUAGGAGACUUUCAGGGCUCAUGAAUAUUUGUAUUAAACUUAGAAGUAAAGCUUAGAAGUGGCUGUAAGAUAAUUUGGCUUUCCUGUGUAAUUUUAAGUUGUAUGGGUAGGGUGUAAACUGCUCCCAAAGGAGCCCAUAUGAGGAACACUUGAAAGACACUAUUUCUCUUCUUUCUAUAUGAGCGUACUCAGUUUCUAGGAAAACCUUGAGAGAAGUAUUGCUAAGAAGACCACUUCACUCCUCUGUUUAGCAACAGCAUUGCCAGAAACAGGAGAGGUUUCUGGGAAACAGUACUCUAUGCAACCUGCUCUUCGGCAGUAUUGUGUAUGGAAGCAAUGUGCCUAUAGACCAAAGACAUUUGUAAAAAGAUGAGGAGGAGUGAACUAGCAAAAGGAAAGUGUUGAUAUGAGCAGUGAAAGCAUCCUCAGCAAGAAUACUGAGAGACAAACAGGUUGUUUCCUCACACCUAUGCAAGCAUCAAAACACAGAUGGUUUUUCAGACCCUAUGGUAUUUUUAAUGGCUUUGUUACUUAUGAAUUGUAUUAGAGAAAGCUUCAGUGGCACUUUGUGUGAGACACUGAUAUUUGUCCAGUUCCAGCAAGUGUUUGUUCUGGUUCUUGAAUGUCUAUGGAGCCAUCAUGGACAAGAGCCCUAGUAUGUUAACCAAAAAUGUGCAGAAAAUAAAGGGAAGGGACAUGUAUACUGACUCCAUGUUGACCCCAGGAGCACAGCUGAGAAGCAAACCCUGUCAACUUAACUGUAGCUUCAUGCAUGUCAAAGACUGGAAAUGAGGCAAUGUAACCACAUGCUAAUGAAUAUGCCUAAGAGUGGUAUUCAGCAUUGGACUCUAAGGAAACUGCAUUACUUCAUUUCCAGGAUUCAGUGACACUCCUUGAUUUGGUGUGGAGGCAGCAUAGAUGUGCCUGAAGUCCUGAAGAAGAAUGGUGCUUUAGUGGUGCUGUCCACUACAAAGUGGUGGUACUUCACAGAGGAGUGCCACCACUCCACAAGAAAAAUGGAAGCUAAUAAGGCAUGAGAAUAAAAGUAGAAAUGCUAGCAGUCUCUGAAGAAAAUACCCUGUAUGUGAGGGCUGAAGUGGCAAGUGUUGUAAUCAUCAAUUUUGAGACCACAUGGAGAGAUUUUCAAACAAGACUAUCUUCCUGGGAUACAGUGAAUUAAAUUUUUACCUCCUGAAAUUUUACCUGACAAGAUGAUCAGUAAGAAAAACUGACAACCUGAUGUACAACAAAGUAGAUGGCUUCCUCUGUUGUUUUUAUUUUUGUAUAAGGGAAACAGUUUAAGUUAGUGUAUCCCAAAAAGGUUUUGGGAAUUGAUGAAACCUCUGCAAGUUCCGAAAUGCUGGCAAAUAGCUUUCAUGUUAUCUUAAGGAUGCAGUCUUCGUUUAAAAUAAUUGUGUACGUUGUACAUACCUUCUUAAUAUCCGGAACAGACUAGUUACAAUUAGAGUUCUCUGUGUAAUCAGAGAGCAGGCAUCACAGUCUGGCCUUUACCUCAGAUAUACCCAUGCAACUUCUUUGCCUUCCCCUCUAGUGGUAUUGGAUACUGAGUCCUAUUAACAGAAUGAAAUAGGCUUUAAUGAAGGUGCACCUUGAAAUGGGGAAAGAUGGGAGUCUGAGAGUGGGCCAUUGGAAAAAUAGGGAUGGGGGAUUAAGAACUAUCAAGAACUUUACUAUUCACUGCUGAACCAUAGUAUUUUUAGAGACCUGAAAAUUGAGCAAUUUUCUCCCACCCUGAGCAAAAUGAACCAAAGGCUUUUUUUGACUUGGGUCGUUACUUCACCCAAUAAAAGCCAAAACAGUUUUGGUUCAGCCUUUUCUGAGAGGCACACUGGUGUGCCAAACAUUUAAAAUCUUUUUUAUUGGAACCCGGGUUUAUGCCUCUAGAGGCUUUGUAGUGGGGAUGGGAUGCUUUUGGUGGCUGUUAAAUAUUUUUUAGGCAAUCAUGUAUACAAUUAAACUUAUGCUUUGUGAAUAAAGUUAAUUGAAUUAUAAAUGGUUCACACAGCUCAGUAUAAUUGCAAAGGAUUGGAAGGUUCUGUACGUCAAUCGCUGUCACAGUACCAUUACGUUUGCUCAGAAAUGCGAGUAUGUAUGUUGCAAUCAAUGAGUAUUUUCAAGAUUUUUGUGUCCUAGUAGGCUUUAUUCCAAUUUAGUCUAAUUCAUUUUCUCUGCUCCCUUCUUGUAGUACAGUAGGAGACAGUGGUGAGAUGUGUAAGUAGAUAAAUGAAAAGCAAUGUGUAGACUUUUUAGCAAAUAGUAAGAAUUGUCUUCUAUUUCUAAUCUGCCCUGCUAUAAAGUAAACUUAGAUUCACUUCUCUCCAUGUACUCUCUUUUCAGUAUUGACAUGCAGCAAAGCAGGAAAGUACAUGGUUUUCUUUAAAAAAAUAAAA